AAGCUAAACAACCCAACAAAAAAAAAGAGGAGUUUUUUUAGAGAAACAAUAAUAAAAGUAGGAUUUCAUCAUGAAAUCUCAAGACCCAAUCACUACGGCGAUUGCUCUCUUUCUCUUCUUCUCCAUCUCCCCGAAUUAGGGCACAGGUCGAAUUCAAAAAGUUUUUUUCUUUUUUUACUUACCUUCUGGCGAAACCAGAAACUAUCGUCUGAAAUCGGAGGAAUUUGAAAAUGGUUACUUCGAAUCGGGUUUUCUCCGGGAUUUCUGCGAUUGCCCUUUUCGUUUCUUGCUCGUUUGCUCUCACUCUCGAUGGGGAAGCGUUGUUGGAGUUGAAGACCGCGUUGAAUGACAGCAGGAAUGUCUUAGGGAACUGGAGAGAUUCCGACGAAUCUCCAUGUUCAUGGACCGGAAUCUCUUGUCAUCCUCAAGACCAGAGAGUCAUCUCUAUAAAUUUGCCCUACAUGCAAUUUGGAGGGAUAAUAUCUUCCAGCAUCGGCAAGCUUAGUAGACUGCAGAGAUUGGCGCUUCAUCAGAACAGCUUACAUGGGAUCAUCCCUAAUGAGAUCACCAAUUGCACUGAGCUUAGAGCUCUGUAUUUAAGGGCUAAUUAUCUGCAGGGAGGAAUUCCACCAGAUAUCGGAAACCUCACUUCUCUUACUAUAUUGGAUCUAUCAAGCAACACACUGAAGGGUGCAAUUCCUUCUUCUAUCAGCCGACUGGCACGUCUGCAUUCCCUGAACCUGUCAACCAACUUCUUAUCGGGUGAGAUCCCAGAUUUCGGGGUACUCAGCAAAUUCGGGGCUGAAUCAUUCGUCGGUAAUUUGGACCUUUGUGGGCGACAAGUUCACAAGCCAUGCAGAACAUCGAUGGGAUUUCCCGUCGUUCUUCCUCAUGCAGAAAGCGACGAAUCAGCAGGUCCGGCAAAACGGUCAUCACACUUGGUGAAAGGAGUUUUGAUCGGGGCAAUGUCUACAAUGUUUCUUGCUUUCAUUAUGAUAUUGGCAUUCCUCUGGAUUUGGAUGCUUUCGAAGAAGGAAAGAGCUGCAAAGCAGUACACCGAAGUCAAGAAGCAAAAAGAGCCUACUGAAUCGAGUACAAAGCUUAUAACUUUCCAUGGAGAUCUUCCGUACUCCUCGGGCGAGCUUAUAGAGAAGCUGGAGACACUCAAUGAGGAAGACAUUGUCGGAUCAGGAGGGUUUGGUACGGUGUACCGCAUGGUAAUGAACGAUUGCGGAACCUUUGCGGUGAAGAAAAUAGAUCGGAGUCGUGAAGGAUCUGACCAAGUGUUUGAGAGAGAGGUAGAGAUACUGGGCAGUGUAAAGCACAUCAAUUUGGUUAACAUGCGAGGAUAUUGUCGCCUUCCUUCUUCAAGGCUUCUCAUCUAUGACUAUCUCACCUUCGGCAGCUUGGACGAUCUUCUUCAUGAACGAGGGCAAGAAGACCGGGCAUUGAAUUGGUGUGCUCGGUUGAGAAUUGCAAUGGGGUCGGCAAGGGGGAUAGCGUACUUGCACCAUGACUGUAGCCCGAAGAUAGUUCACCGUGACAUAAAAUCAAGUAACAUCCUUCUCGACGACAAGUUGGAACCUCAUGUCUCUGACUUUGGUCUGGCGAAGCUUCUUGUGGAUGAGGAGGCUCAUGUCACUACCGUAGUGGCUGGCACCUUCGGCUAUCUCGCCCCAGAGUAUCUGCAAAGUGGGAGAGCAACCGAGAAAUCCGACGUCUAUAGCUUUGGAGUACUUCUGCUGGAACUCGUGACUGGAAAAAGACCGACGGACCCGACAUUUGUAAAACGAGGGUUAAACGUUGUCGGAUGGAUGAACACUCUGCUGAAAGAGAACAGACUAGAGGACGUAGUGGACAAGAGGUGUACGGACGCAGACGCUGAGACGGUGGAGGCCGUGCUUGAAAUAGCGGCGAGGUGUACGGACGGUGAGCCAGAGGAGAGACCGAACAUGAACCAGGUGUUGCAGCUGAUCGAGCAAGAGGUCAUGUCGCCUUGUCCGAGCGAUUUCUACGAUUCCCACUCCGAUUACUGCUCCUGAGGAGAUCGAGCGUUGACCGGACAGAGUCGACGACGAAUCUGUACGGAUACGCAUGUCUCUCUCAUGCACGUCGCGGUUUUUAUAUUCAAUCUGGUUCUUUCUUGUUCAGUUUCAUGAAUAUAUGUAAUAUCACGAUACUUUACUUGUAUUUCCACUGCAUUUUCAACUCUGGAAAAACAUUUAAGCCCUAGAAAUUUAGAAAAUCAUUAGUGUGAGAUAUGUUACAGAUGCCGAUGCAAUAGAUUUGUCA